AUGAACGCUGACGAUGUCUUUGAGAUUGUAGACAACGACAUCAUCAAGACCAUCUGCCACACAUUCAAGCUGCCUCCACCUGAAGAGGACACAUUCCUAUAUGCGGCAGAAGGCAUUCAACUAAAGCUACAUCAUGUACAAGAAGAGCUGAAGUCCGGUCGAAAAUGGCAGUACCAGUUCAAAGGGCAGCUGGUAGAUGUCACCCAAAGCGAUGUUGACGCCUACACGCACAUCUUCAAAUCAUCCACAGCGACGGCAAAACUCCUCAAAUCCUUCUUGGAGAAUGCGAAAAAGAACUCUACGCGGCCUGCUAUUGCCGCCUACUUGAACAUCAGGAGACGAAUUGUGCCAGUGCUCGAAGCGAAGCUGUCUCGCAAGAAGACACACUUGAACCCCUUCUUCGAUAUCUGGUGUCUGGCAUGCAAGCAACUAGGCUUCAUGGGACCGCUACAGGUCGGUGGCUAUGAUGAUCCGAGAAAGGUCCAUCUGACGCAUUCACUGCUGCCUAUCUUUAUGCACCAUUUCGGGUGUGCUGUGCCGUGUUGGGAAACGCUCCAACUCAUCGAGCUUGUAGCUGCUCAUCGCCUUGUGCUCGACGUUGGGUGUGGAAACGGUUACUGGACGUGGAUUCUGCGUAAUAUGGGCGUGCAGGUUGAAGCAGUGGACGACAAGUCUUCCAGUUGGCGAACCAUGUGGAUCGAUGAUAUCGUUGGUGCUGAUGCUGUGACUUACCUCAAGAAACGCAAGUCUGCAGACGAAGUCUUGCUGCUCGUCUACCCAAUCGUCGGCGGUAACAAACUGACGCAGCGCAUCCUGGAAGCCUUCAAGGGAGACACAGUCUGUUAUGUUGGCACACAGAAUGCCAAUCGAUAUACUGCAUUCGCAGACAAGACCAUGAUGGAGUACUUUGAGCAACGUGGCGGGUGGCAGAUGGUCGCAAGUAGCCCGAUGCCAAGCUUCCCUGGGAAGGAUGAUGCUUUGCAAAUUUUCGUUAGAGUCACCAAGUAA